AGCCAAAAUGACAGCAACAGUUCAACUCCUUUACUUAUUUCUGGCAUUCUGUCCCGUAUCUGAGGGGAUUCGCCUCAAUUGUCCUUUUCCAUUUCUGAAUCAGAAUGCACACCUGGGUUCAGGGAAACCUUGUGCAACGAUGCAAUUGCAGACCAAUUUGUCUUGUCCCAGUGUGAACCUGUCUGUAAGUGAAAAUGUGCGACUGGAUCCUGCAAAAUGGCAUCUGGAGAGUCUGUCACUGAAGGUGGAAAAAACCUGCAGUUUCAUGGUGUUUCAACAAGACAAAGAAAGCCAACAUUUUCCUGGAGGAUUCUAUUCAAACAUUGAUAUAAAUUCCAUCAUUACUCAGAAAGAAUUUUUGUGUAUUUGUCCAAAAUUACACAAUAGAUACAAACGUGCUCCCAGAGCACAUGAUUUUAAUAAAAAACAUCUAGUGGACAGUCCUAAAUCUCCAUGUGACACAGACUAUUGGAAGGAGAAGUGGGAUGAUGCCAUGAAUUACAGAAAAAAAUGUGCGAACAAGAAUACAGAGUUUCACGAACCAGAGACACAGUCCUUCAUGGCAAGACAAGAUCUCAGUGAUAUCAGUAAAAUAUUCACACGUGACCUUAAAUAUGAAAUUAAAGGUCAUAAUAACAAAGCUCAUAAUAACAUUUUAUACAGAAGCAUGAACAAAAUGUAUAUUUAUGAUGUCAAAUUAGAAAAUGGAGUUCCAAAAGUUUGUCAAAGAUGUGAUUAUGUUGUGGCUGGCCUUGACAACAAUGGUAAGCCAGUUCAUUAUCAAGCAGUUACAAAACAUAUUGCCGAACAGUUUCCACAGGAAAAUAUGGAAACUGAAAGAACACUCAAAAAAAUUGAUGCACCUAAAGAAUUAAAAUCAGCAUCUAUGACACUGUCAGACAUGCCUGAGAUCGAAGGUUGCAUGACUGAGGACAAAGAUGAUGUGACUGAGGACAAAGAUGAUGUGACUGAGGUCAAAGAUGAUGUGACUAAAGUCAAAGAUAUUGCAACUAAGUUUCAAAGUGGUGCAGGCAAAUAUGUUGUGGCUGGAGGUGUUGUGGCUGGAGGUGUCGUGGCCGGAACUAUCAUGUCUGUAGCCGGAGGUGGCGCGACUGCAGCUGGAGGUGGUGUGGUCGAAGGUGGCGUGGCCGCAGCCGGAGGUGGUGUGGCCGGAGGUAGUCCAGCCGGAGCUGGUGUGGCCGGAGGUGGUGCGACUGCAGCCGGAGGUGGUGUGGUCGAAGGUGGUGUGGCCGCAGCCGGAGGUGGUGUGGUCGAAGGUGGUGUGGCCGCAGCCGGAGGUGGUGUGGUCGAAGGUGGUGUGGCCGCAGCCGGAGGUGGUGUGGCCGGAGGUGUUAUGAAUGCAGCCGGAGCUGGUGUGGCCGGAGGUGUCAUGACUGCAGCCGGAGCUGGUGUGGCCGGAGGUGUCGUGGUUGCGGCCGGAAGUGUUGCUGCAAAUGGUGUGGUGACUGUGGUCAGAGAAAAGACAACCAUGACCACACACACAACUGCAACUGGAGAAGAGACAAUCAUGACCACAACCACGCCUGCUGUUGGAGAAGAGACAACCAUGACCACACCCACAACUGCUGUUAGGGAAGAGACAACCGUAACCACACCCACAACUGCUGUUAGGGAAGAGACAACCGUGACCACACCCACGACUGCAGUUGGAGAAGAUACAACCAUCACCACAUCCACGACUACAGUUGGAGAAGAGACAACCAUGACCACAACCAUGACUGCUGUUAGGGAAGAGACAACCGUGACCAUACCCACGAUUGCGGUUGGAGAAGAGACAACCUUGACCACAACUACGACUGCUGUUAGGGAAGAGACAAUCGUGACCUCAACUGCAACUGUGGUCAGAGAAGAGACAACUAUGACCACAACCAUGACUGCUGACAAAGAAGAGACAAUCGUGACCACAACCGUAACAGCUGUCGAAGAAGAGACACCAAAGACUGGUAUCAAAAGUUCUAAAGGAGCAUUGAUCUUCAUAGAAUUUUUUUUAUACCCUUUACACAGAAUUUUUUCUUACCCUUUUUUCUAGUCUUAUAAC